AUGGCAGAGAUAGCAGGUGUGGUGCUCGGCGGCUUCCCGCUGAUCAUUUCGGCGCUCGAACAUUAUCGGGAGGGCUUCGAGCCGCUGCAGGAGUGGUGGAAAUUCGAGUCGGACUUCAGUAACUUCAUCGAAGAGCUCGGAACACAGCAGACACGCUUCGACAUGAACCUUGAGAGACUCCUGGAUCCCUUUGUGACCUCCGGUUCGCAGAUGAAUGCUCUGCUGGAUCAACGCAAUCCCGAGGCUUGGCAGGAUCCAGCACUGAAGAGGGAUAUCCAGAAGAGAUUAGGAAGCUCCUAUGAGUGGUAUAUCGCGAUAUGCAAAAAGAUGGAUGCCACGCUUUCUAGUCUAGAAGAGAGGUUGGGAAUCGAGAACGGGCAGGUCAAAUACAUAGACGCUUCUCGAUGGGACCACGAGCUGCGUCGAUUGAGAAUCAGCUUCUCCAAAAAGAAGUUCAAGCAUGUCAAGCUGCUCACCAAGUACAACGACGAGCUUCACCAACUGCUCAGUACGAAUGACGAGCUCACUCCGUCCCGGGAGCGUCGCCGGAAGACUCCUAUGAUAGGCUUCGUGCAAUCGCUGCAACACCACUCCCAGGUCCUUUAUAGUGGCAUCUUGAGCAGAUGGAAGUGCAAAUGCCCUGCGCCACAUGGGACUAGACUCCUUCUUGAGAGACACAUCGCGGGAGACGACCCAAAUUCUCUCAGCCUCCACUUGCUCCUCGAGGGAGCUGGUGUGCGGAAGCCAAUUGAGGUCCGCAUAGGUGACUCCAGUCACCAAGACUCUGCACAAAGCUCGUCAGCAAAGUCAUCGACCGGAAACUUGCUGGAGCUAAAGCGACAGGUCCAUGCCCGUGCCGUGAAAACUCCACCAACAUCUCCCCAGGGCUCCGCGUGCCAUACUGCAGCUGGAAGCCUCCAACCUGUGGCAGUAACAGCCCCGGCAUCUAGGAGUCCUUCUCCACUGCACUUUUUCCAGAGGUCCAAGAAAACCGUGCGCAUCGCCCAAACGACAGUACCAACCACCAUCCAACUUCAGCCUGUGCAGACAGUAUUGAAACCCAACGAGAUCAAAGACAUCUGCUCUGAGAUGGCAAAAUGGAAGUCCACCAACGACUGCCUCGGCUACAUCCCAGCAGCGCAACAAUCGCGAUUCCUAUUCUAUCCGAAUGCCAAGUACCAGGACCUCAAUCAUCAGUGUGGCACGGUGACCCUCGAGGAUCUUCUCCCUGGCCGCUCCGCCUCACCUUCUCCUGCCCAAACGAUGACGAGAAAGCAACGAUUCGUUCUGGCGAAUAUCCUCGCUUUCACCCUACUCCAACUCCAGCCAACACCAUGGCUCUCUUCCACAUGGAACAAACGUGACAUCACCUUCGUCUAUCCGUUAUCCUCAGCCUCCCCUCAACUUUCGCGCCCCUUCAUCGGCAAGUCCUUCCCCGCCACACCUCCGGGAGAUCCAUCCUCCAACGAAGCUUGCAAACAAUCUCUCUUCCGCCUUGGGAUACUCCUCCUCGAACUCACUUUCAACGAACGCCUGGAGACGCUACCGCUGCGCCAGAAGUACCUAGGGCCCCAGGGAGCACCGAACGAAUACACGGACUUGUGCACCGCGAAGGCCUGGCAUAAGGAUGUGGAGGGAGAGUGCGGCGAAGGCUUGUCCGAAGCUAUUCGUCGUUGCAUCGACUGUUCCUUUGGCUCGAAGGUUGAUUGGAGCAACGAGGCUUUUCUAGAAGAAUACUCUAGCCAUGUUUUGGAGCCGUUGAAACAGCUGCUGAGGCAGUGGGAGGGUACGAUGUGAAUCGUCCGCCCGCAAGUAAUAAAACAGGCACCUAUUAUCGUUACCUCACCCACUUCCGGCCGAAAGUAGAUCCACACGCAUUUGGCCUCUGCUCCAACAGUCCACAAUAGCGGGCAGGCUAGCGACCGCUCUCGCA